AUGAACCAGGACGUAUCUUCGAACGAGAUUCUCAGACACUCAAAUGAGAAGAAACUGGUAUCUCCGCCGAGUAACAACACAGCACGUCUUGGGGACUCUGGGUCGGUAGAGCUGGCGCAGCCAAUGAGAUGGAGACUGGCAGCUCUCCUUGUCGGCCUGGUCUUAUCUCUAUUCCUAUGUGGACUAGAUGUUGUCAUUUUGGCGACAGCGAUCCCCAAGAUCACUAACGAAUUCGCAUCUCUCAACGACAUUGGGUGGUACGGCAGCGCCUUUCUGCUGACUUUAUGCGGAUUCGAUCUUAUUUUUGGCAAGCUCUACGCCAUCUUCUCCAUCAAAUAUACAUAUCUUAUCUCCAUUGCCGUGUUCUUAACUGGAUCUGCUAUCUGCGGCGGCGCCCGUACCUCCAAAAUGCUUAUCGCCGGCCGCGCCAUCGCCGGGCUGGGUACGGCAGGUAUCCUGACUGGGACCUUUGUCAUGAUUGGCAUUGUGAUACCCGCGCCACUCCGGCCAAUGUAUACGGGCAUAGUCGGUGCCGUUUACGGUGUGGCUUCGGUUAUUGGGCCUUUGCUGGGCGGCUUAUUUACAGAUAAGCUGAGUUGGCGCUGGUGUUUCUGGAUCAAUCUUCCCAUAGGAGCUGUUGCGAUACCGAUAAUAAUUUUUUUCUUGCACGCACCACCUGGCGCAGGUUUCGGACCCGAGGCAAAGACCUGGCCCCAGAAGCUGCAAAAACUCGAUCCUAUCGGAACCAUGCUCCUCCUCGUUUCGAUCACCGUUCUUCUGGUCGCCCUCCAAUGGGGCGGAGGCCUCUACUCCUGGAGUGACCCGAAAGUAUACAUGCUAUUUGUCACUUCUGGGAUCCUCGCGGCAGUAUUUGUGGGCGUCGAGAUCCGCGAGGGGAGCAACGCCGUCAUGCCAAUCUCGAUCGUGACCAAACGCACCGUGGCGGCCGGGGCCUGGCUAGCCCUCUGCAGCGGCGCAUCUGAUUUUGUCUUCCGGCAGUAUGUGCCCAUAUGGUUCCAAGCAAUCCAGGGCGUAUCUGCCGUGGACGCGGGAGUCCGCAGCAUGGCUAUGAUCCUUUCGACGGCCCUGUCGUCUGUCGCGGCGGGCGCGCUGACUUCGGCGACAGGCUACGCGAAUCCAUCCAUGAUAAUCGCGGUCAUACUAGCCACCAUUGCGGCCGGCCUAAUGACGACGUGGAACAUCACCACGACUCCGGCGCAGUGGAUAGGAUACCAGGUGAUGUACGGUAUAGGGGCCGGCCAGUGGAUGCAAUCGCCCAUCAUGGCAGUACAGGCGGUCUUGGACCCGGUGGAGCUGCCGCAAGGAACUGCCCUCGUCGUGUUCCAGUCGGCUUUUGGGGGCGCCAUAUUCAUCUCAGUAGCCCAGGCGCUCUUUGUCAACAUCUUCUCCUCGGGCCUCGCUGCCAAUCUGCCGCAGGUCAACGUCCAGACCGUCAUCGAUGGCGGUGCGACAAGCAUUCGAGAUCCUGGCGUGCUUCCUGAGGGGCUUUUGGAACCUGUUUUGUCCUUUUAUAAUCAAGGUCUUACCCAUUCCUGGUAUCUCGGAGUUGCAUUGGCAUUUGCCGCAGCGGUUGGGGCGCUUGCUGCAGAGUGGAAGAGUAUCAAAAAGCCAGAUGAAGAGGUCAAGGAUGAUGAAAAGAGCAACGGAUGGACCGAUCAGGUCAGAGAGACUCCUAAGGUUCCUACUGCUGAUUAA